AUGGGGAACUCUGCCUCAAAUGCGAACAAUCCGAACCGGGGCCCCGCCCUGCCCCCCUCCUCCUCCGUCAGCAACCGCACAACUUCCGCCUCCCCGGGCCCGGGCAACCCCCAUCGAUCCAUGAGAACGAAGAAGAAAUCCCUCGAGCUCCCCGACCUCGCGAACCUCUCCAUCACACACCAGCACGCAGCCGCCCGUGGUCGACCGGCUGUCCCAGCCAAGACGGCGUCCAUCCCGAUCCCAACGCAGCCGCAGGGGCCGUUCAACCACUACCGCGAGGCCCAGGCGGAGCCGUCCCCGGACCCGCGCACCUCGCGCAACCUCGACUCAGCGUCCGACGUCUACCUAGCAGGCCAGGUCAUCGAGCCCUCGACACACCAGCCGUUCCCCCCGGUCUCGCGUGCGGUGCACUACCAUAAUGCGAGCGCCGGCGGCGCCCCACGCGGCCGCCAGCAGCCCAUGUCCAACGCGAGACACCAGGCGCAGGUGACGCGCCUCCAGGAGCUCUACGACCGCAGCCAUACACCAGCAGCCCCGCCCUCGUCGCCUGCGACGUCCGCAGAUAGUAGUGUCCGCCCAGGGGGGAGUCAGCGGCCUGGUUUCGUUGCAGAGACCGUCCGCUCCUCGAUUCCGAUCGCACUCGGGAAGGCCGCCAAGCUUGCAGAGGAGGCUGCCGCCUCAACAGCUGGCCCGAUGAAGGAGGAUCUCCUCGCGGAUCCCGUACCGGUCAAGAUUGUCUGGAAAGGCGGCGGGAGAGACGUCGUUCUCGCCAGAGCUGGUGAUAACGAGUGGAAAGGCCGUCAACCUAUGGAACGAGAAUCCCCCCAGUCCAACACAUGGUCGACCACCGUGUCACUGCGUCCAGGGACGCACCAUAUCCGGUUCCUCAUCGAUGGAACAUGGCGCGUCGCCGACGACCUCCCCACCGCCGUCGACGACCAGGGCUCUCUCGCCAACUAUGUCGCCGUGCCCCUCAACUACGGCUUCCCACCCACCGUUCCAACAGCCGCACCCACGCCCACACUACCCCAGCAGGCCCAGCAAGCCAAGAAACUCAUUCCGGGCCAGAGCUUCUGGUCGGCCGACUCGUCCGCUGACGGGGAGGGCGACGUGGAGAGCACGACCGACUCAUCCUCUACCGCGCGCAAGGCCUCCUCAUCGGACCCCAAGCAUGCGCAUACACCGCAGAGCGCUGCUCAGGCUGCGGUCGUCGCGUACACCCAGGCGCGGUGGACGAACGUGCUCCCGCUCGAGCUGAUCGAAGCGGCGCGGGAGGAGGAGGCGUACCUCGCAGCGAGCGCGGGGCAGUACGAGGGCGGGCACGAACGUGCAGAGGGUGAUGGGGUUCGUGCCCGCGCCGAACAUCCCGCCUGCACCUGGCCUGCCGAGACAUUUGGAUAA